AUGAGCAAUGAGGAGGCUGGUUUGAGUGACACAAGUCCAAAGGAAGAGAAGAAGGCUGGUACGACAACCAAAUCUUCACUGAAGCUUUUAGGUAUUGGAGAUGAGUCCGUACUCUAUAUUGAGUCAAUUGAGGAAGAAGGAACCUGUCUCAGACGUAUAAGCUUCUUUGUCAGCAGGGAACUGAAAAUAUUUGGUAUCACUGAGAUCAUGAUUGGGAUUAUUCAGGUGGUGUUCGGUUUGCCCUUGAAUUUCGUUGAAAGCUAUGUCUUUGCUGUUUUAAUUGGCAUUCCCUGGUGGACAGGAAUUUGGUAUAUCAUAUCAGGAUCACUGGUGGUUGACAUUAUAAACACAUCAAAUACUCAUCUUAAGCAAGUGAUAUUAUUGAUGCACAUGAUAAGCACUAUUGCAGCCGUGAUUGGUGCAGGAGCUUACUUUGUCUCCCUGUACAUGAUGCCGCCAUUGGAAUCCAACUUUUUUGUCGUGGGGCCUUUGGUGUUAGUCUUCUUCCUCAUGAUCCUGUGCGUGAUGGAAUUUCUCAUCGCCUCUUUGAUUUUGUUCCUUCAUUGUACGCUCAUUAUACAUGAAUUUCAAGUGGCAAGUUCCCAUAGACAAUCUGCAGUUCGCCGUUGAAGUUGACCCUCCAAUUGCUUGAAGAGCUAGGAUCUCCAGAGGGACAUGGAUUCAAUUAAGAUAAUUGUCACUGCACCAUGUUCAAGGCCCUGUGAAUGGAUGGUGAAAUUACUGAGGGAAUGAAGAGAGACCAGUGUCCUACUGCAGUUGGGAUAUUUACCAUACAAACAUUGUACCAUGACCACCUUUUCUAAGUUUCCAAUGGCAAUGGGAAAGAAUAUAUCCUUUUAAACCGAAAAGGAGACAGCAAUGUGACACUGGAUUUAUGAACUAUCGUUUAAGUAGGAAGGGAAGCUUCUUAAUAUAUGUAACCUAAAC